UUUUGCAGGCGGCUGUCGCGGGGACCGGAGCCGGCGGUGGCGGCGGGCACUGCGGCUCCGAGGCGCGGCGGCAAGACGGGAGCCCAGCGAGCUGCUGCCAGGUGCUAAGAGAUGGUGCUCGUGGAUCUCAUCUCUGCCUGAGAAUUGGUGCUUCAGGCCCUGGAAGGACCGCCUGCAACUCCUGGGCUCCUCACUUGAAUAAGCCUUCACUUUCGGCCACACCAGUCCAACAACUGUGCAAACACUUGAUUUCUCUUAAUGAUGGGUAUUGGUAAGAACACCACAUCCAAAUCAAUGGAGGCUGGAAGUUCAACGGAAGGCAAAUACGAAGACGAAGCCAAGCACUCCACCUUCUUUACUCUUCCGGUGGUGAUAAAUGGGGGUGCCACAUCCAGCGGUGAACAGGACAACGAAGACACUGAGCUCAUGGCAAUCUACACGACGGAAAAUGGCAUCGCGGAAAAGAGCUCUCUUGCAGAAACCCUGGAUAGCACUGGCAGUCUAGAUCCCCAGAGAUCGGACAUGAUUUACACCAUAGAAGACGUUCCUCCCUGGUACCUCUGCAUAUUCCUGGGGCUACAGCACUACCUGACGUGCUUCAGCGGCACGAUCGCAGUGCCCUUCCUGCUGGCCGAUGCCAUGUGCGUGGGCUACGACCAGUGGGCGACCAGCCAGCUCAUCGGGACCAUUUUCUUCUGUGUGGGGAUCACCACUUUGUUGCAGACAACGUUUGGAUGCAGGUUACCCCUGUUUCAGGCCAGUGCUUUUGCAUUUUUGGCCCCUGCUCGAGCCAUCCUGUCUUUAGAUAAAUGGAAAUGUAACACCACAGAUAUUUCAGUUGCCAAUGGAACAGCAGAACUGUUGCACACAGAACACAUCUGGUACCCCCGGAUCCGAGAGAUCCAAGGAGCCAUCAUCAUGUCCUCCCUGAUAGAAGUGAUCAUCGGCCUCCUCGGCCUGCCCGGAGCGCUGCUGAAAUACAUCGGGCCGCUGACCAUUACGCCCACGGUAGCCCUCAUUGGGCUCUCUGGUUUCCAGGCCGCUGGGGAGAGAGCAGGGAAGCACUGGGGCAUCGCCAUGCUGACAAUUUUCCUAGUGUUACUGUUUUCUCAAUAUGCCAGAAAUGUUAAAUUUCCUCUCCCAAUUUACAAAUCUAAAAAAGGAUGGACUGCAUACAAGUUACAGCUUUUCAAGAUGUUCCCUAUAAUCCUGGCCAUCCUCGUGUCCUGGCUCCUCUGCUUCAUCUUCACAGUGACCGAUGUGUUCCCUCCCGACAGCACAAAGUACGGCUUCUAUGCACGCACAGACGCCAGGCAGGGCGUGCUCCUGGUGGCCCCGUGGUUUAAGGUCCCGUACCCGUUUCAGUGGGGGUUGCCCACCAUCUCAGCGGCUGGCGUCAUUGGCAUGCUCAGCGCGGUCGUGGCUAGCAUCAUCGAGUCGAUCGGUGACUACUACGCCUGCGCCAGGCUCUCUUGUGCCCCACCACCUCCCAUCCAUGCGAUCAACAGGGGGAUUUUCGUGGAAGGUCUCUCCUGUGUUCUCGAUGGCAUAUUUGGUACUGGGAAUGGUUCUACUUCGUCCAGUCCCAACAUUGGAGUUUUGGGAAUUACUAAGGUUGGCAGUCGCCGAGUGAUCCAGUAUGGGGCGGCACUGAUGCUGGCGCUGGGCAUGAUCGGGAAGUUCAGCGCCCUCUUCGCGUCCCUCCCAGAUCCUGUGCUCGGCGCCCUCUUCUGCACUCUCUUUGGAAUGAUCACGGCUGUUGGACUCUCUAACCUGCAGUUCAUCGAUUUGAACUCUUCCCGGAACCUCUUUGUGCUUGGAUUUUCAAUCUUCUUUGGACUUGUCCUUCCAAGCUACCUCAGACAGAACCCUCUCGUCACAGGGAUAACGGGAAUUGAUCAAGUGUUGAACGUCCUUCUCACAACUGCUAUGUUUGUAGGAGGCUGUGUGGCUUUUAUUUUGGAUAACACCAUCCCAGGCACUCCAGAGGAGAGAGGAAUCAGGAAAUGGAAGAAGGGCGUGGGCAAAGGGAGCAAAUCGCUCGAUGGCAUGGAAUCCUAUGAUUUGCCAUUCGGCAUGAACAUUAUCAAGAAAUACAGAUGCUUCAGCUACUUGCCCGUCAGCCCGACCUUUGUGGGCUACACGUGGAAAGGCCUUGGGAAGGGCGAGAGCAGCCGGAGUUCAGACGAGGACUCACAGGCCACGGUAUAGCCUCCGGCGCGGCCCAGGGCAGGCCCACAGCGAGGCCUGUGUCUGUAGUUCCUUGCUGAAUAGCAAGCAGUGAAAUGUAUGUCUGUAUAUCUGCAUUUACAUUCUGCACCCCGGAGCUAAGACAGAUCCCAAGUAGCUUUUCUGUUGUGGAUGGUGAUCGUGUCUAAUAUGGUGUCUCACCCAUUUCCUUAUUUAAACUAAGCCCUUGGCCCUUACCUUUGAGAGCAUUUGCCACCAGCCACGAUCAUUGAACUUGAAGUUCCAGUCCUCCCUCAGGAGUGGAUGUUUGAAAUCCACAGUGAUUCCUUGUUUUCAGUCCCCUUGCUUUGUGGACCUGUCUCCUUAUUUGACCUUUGCUGCAAAUCUUCACCUCAGCCUGCACCUGCAGAGGCCUCCUCUGGCCACGGGGCACCAGAAUCCUUGCAUUGACACAACUGACAGUCAAAUAUAAGUCUAUCUUUCCCUGAUAGUCCUGUGCAUGGAGGAUAGUGACCCGGUUGGAAACAGUGACGUGGCUCCCCUCUGCCGGGAUCUGUGCAUGAAUAAGGUCUAUACACAUACAAUUAGAAUAGAAAUCUAUCUGGGGGAUUGGAAGGGAAGGGAGAGUAGCUUCAAGUCAAUAUCUGAUUGUCAACUGAUCUUUCUCUGGGCCACCCUGCCCCAGGGCUGCACAUUUCAUACAGGUCUCUUCUCCUAGCAGCUGAGACACUCUUAUCUGGCAUCCAUCACCACUGGCUGGUGUGACGGGUACAGGGAGCCACCCAAGGGCACCAAGCAGGUGUUCUGGGAGUCUUGGCUCUUCUGUCAUGUGGAUGUUAGUUAUCGUUGCGCACGUCUAUAAUGACAAGUUUUAUUCCUAUUUAAUAUUAUUGACUAUAGUAGAUUUCUGAAAUCAGUGUUUUUCCAUGUGUUCCUUUUCCCCUGUAUCCCUAUUACUCAUCUUCCACCUCCCACUUCCCACCCCCAUUAAGAAAAGAACCAGCAUUUGUAAAGCUGUGGACACCAUCAGGAAAGCUUGUUGUAACGGCUUUUGAAGGCCGGUAACCAUUAUCGUGGUUGUGUUUUGUAUUGCUUGAUACCAUGAAAGUGUAAAUACUGUAAUGCCUAAUCUAUUUAUCAAAACUGACUACUGGACCAGAGCCCAGAAACCAUGGGUCACAUUAUCUGUGAAUUUGUUUUGUGAAGAAGGGAAGCUGGGGUAGGCAACAAACAGGCACCAUGUUGAAUGGUACCUUCCUCACCCCAUAGAUUCAUUCCUGCAGCUAAAGCUCUCCUUUUCCAGGUAAUUUCCAGCAGUUGUAGCCUGAGUGCUUUCCACAGGUUGCCAAGUUGUGCAUCCAGUAUAUGCUGAUUUUGCAAAGGGGAAAGUUAGAUCUCCUGGCGGAAUGUUGCCCUUUUUUUCUUUCUUUCUUUUUUUUUUUGAGUUAUUGCAGAAGGUGGUGAGAAAAGCAGCAGCUGGUCUGCCCCUUGUCAAAAGGGGUUCUAAUGAAUAACGCUAAAUUCCUUCUGGAAAAGUUACUUCUGUUUGAUUUGGUUUGAAAUUUUCAUCCAGAGGAAAAGCCCGAGACAUAAAGAGGUGCCCUCACUUCCUGAGAUUGUGCUCCCAAAGUGGUCGUCAACAGGCAUGCCAGCCUUCCCUGGCAGGGCCCGGUUCUCAGCAACCAUUGGAGGUCAGCCCAGCUUCACUGCUUUGGGAGGUUUCCGGCAGCCUUGUGUCACUACAGGCCCUGGAAGUUUUGAACUUCAGGAUUUAUUACAGCAAGGACACCUCAGAGCCACUGCAUUGUUUUGCCAAGAUCUUAUUGCAGAUUAAGUAAGGAACUUAGCUUGUAAAUCAUAUUUAAUUUUGCUUUUUUCCUAAUGCGUAUUCAGUGCAAAGUCACUUUAGAAGCACACAGGCUAACUGCUUUCAUCCGUUUAGCUUGGUAAGCCCUUAAGACUGACCGCCGUCCCGAGCCAAGUUGCUCUCAGUUCCUUCUACUUGUAUUUUGCUCAGCGUCUCCAAUUUCUCUGCUCUGAAAGAUGGGGGAAACUGCUAAACUUUCCAGAGAUAUGCAGUAUUCAAGUUCUCUCAGUGAACAGAAGCGCCAUGUAUCUAAAUAAAACCAUCAGAACCAUAGAUAAUUGAGAAACAAGUUCCCUUCAGCUUGACCAGGCGGCUUCCCUCCCAGUGGGCACCACCCAAGGUUUGUGCUUCAAACGUCCAGAAACCUGCUCCCACCCCUUUCACUGGGUUUUCCUGGGAAGUUUCCAAUCUGCUAGUCUGAGGGGAUCUCUUGGUAGUCUUCUACAGGUAUUCACAUGUGAAAGGAAGCCCUGCACCUACACACCUCCUGUCGGACAGAGGGUUUUCACUCUUCUGGUUGAUUGGUCCAUUGAGGCAAACCAGAGUCACUGUCCUAGGAGGGGGGUGAGUCAGGAAGAGGGGGGAGAGGGCAGCCUGACUAGUCAGCCCCAUUGAGUCUGGUAGGUUCUGCACAGUGUGUGAAACUUAACCUUUGCUUGAAUGGUUGGACCCUCAUAGUAGUAACAGAUCCUAUAUGUGCAAUACACAUGCAAAUCAUUUUAGGAAGUGGUCCCUCAUGCCAGCAGACAGGCUAGAGAAUGAAACUCUGUAAUUGAAAGGAAAUUUUCUUGGGUUUAAAUGCACACCUGAAGGGGCAGACUUGGGGGCAGUGUCGGCAGGGUGCAGCCUGUGCCUGGAGCACUGCCUGUUUGCAUCAUUGGCCUGCAUUUCUGCGGCCGCAUACCGGCCAUGCUUUUUUGGCCAAUAGACUGUUUUAAAAUAGUUUGGGUUUGAACAAAUUAGGCAAGGCCUCCCGUCUCCAGUUUCUACAGUGGACAGCUGCCCACCAUCCUCAUGGGUCACCUGCCUAGCCCCUGAAAGAAAGCACUUGCGUUGGCCCCCCUGACGGGGAAGGUAGAACGUGUUGAUAAGGUGGUGCUGUCUUCAUACUUGGGCAUGGGGGAGGCCCCGCCACUGGUCUGGAUAAAAUAUUUGUCAAUAAUGGGAAAUGGCUCCAGUCCUUGUAAACAGUUUCCAUCCUCACUAGGGAGUUAAACUUAGCAUCACCAAUUCAUUUAUACUAAGUCUUUCUUAAGAGGGUUUCACAUGUCAUUUUUAAUGUGUUUCUCAUGACUGGUCAAGGCCAGAGCAGUGGUUUAACCAAACCAGCUAGACUGAAGCAUCUUGGGUCCUGAUGGUUUCCCUUUUUCAUGGUAACAAAUUCAUACACAGGAUUUGCUUUAUUCUGUAGAAUACUGACUUUCAUGACAGCAACUUGGUUUAUGCAUGAAUAUUGCAGUAUUUCCAUAUAGCAAAAUAACAUUUCUACCCAGGAUAAUGGUCACAGUUUUCCAGGGAGGGAAUGAUACAAUUUUCAUGACAAUGUCAUGUGAUGAUAGAAUUUCUCCAUUGAUGAAUCUCUAGUAUGUAUGUAUACUUUAUUUACCCAUGCAUAUAUUUUAUUACCAAGAGCUAAGUUGUUAAUUUCUUUAAUCCACGUCCCUGCUGAAAUAUUGGUACUAGCAACUUAGAUUUAAAGUUGGCAAGUAUAAUCUUCAGUCAUAUUUAUGCCACAGGAUUGGCCAGGCCAGACAGAAGGAGAAUCAGGGGCCAUGGCGGCCAUCUGUUCCAGAACCGGACUGGCCAAGGAGAGGCAUGUCCUGCAGGCUGUUGUGCUUGUGGCAUGAGGGCCACCCACUUUCCCAGCUGGUGCUGAGUACCUGGUGUGCACACUCGGCCACACCUGCUGUGCGCUGUGGUCGUGUGGGGCGCACGGGCCUGAGCAUCUGCAGAGCCUGCUCCUCCAGGGGAGCCACCCCUUGCCUUUAGAGAAGAGCCUCGGGCUUCAUGUGCUGCCUGUGGGGUCCGCUGUCCCCUUAGGAUUUGGACACAGAGAGUAGGACAUCUCCCGCCCUCUACCCAUCCUUCAGAUGCAAUUGGAGUAGUGCAAGAAGGCCGUCUGUUUUUGCCAGCGUUCAGCUUCCACCCAUGGACCCGUAGAGCCUGUUAGCGCUGGGGAUCCCUUUUCAGCAGCCUCACAAACAUUCCUGUCCCUUUAGGUUGUUCUUGACUGUGCCUCGUCAUCACUCUACAUAAAUAACAUCCUGCGUCCUUAGAAUUGCUGCGUGUGUUUUCAGGCGCUUAGGACAGCCUUACCAGUGUUGCCAUCUUACUGACAGUUCAAAUCAAUACGCUUUUUUGUUUGUUUGUAACAACCUCUGUUUGACACACUAAUAAACUUCUGACUGUUCUUAAAACAGCAGGGAUGCCUGUAUUUUCCUUGAGUUUUUGUGACUGACUUUGGCUCUCUACCUUUCCAGGAUUUUGUUUGUUUGUUUUUAUUUUUAUUUUGCAUACCAAGGGUAUUUGGGGUGGGAUUGUUUUUUGUUUGUUUUGUUUGUUUUUGAAAUGUGUAAUUCUUUUAUGGAGUUUUUAAAAAGAAUUUUCAUAUUGUUUUUCUAACAUGGCUUCAUUAAAUGUUUAAGUAUUUUAAAAAUAUGUAAUAUUUGGACCAGAUGUUGUGAAUAAUAGUAGAGAUAAAGCUAUUUUAUUCUGUAUUUUUAAAACUGUUCCAUACAAAUAAAAGCUCUUCUGGACGCAG